GUUAAACAGUAGAUAGUAAGGUACAUUAUAUAAUCUUGUGUGCUCCAAUUCUGUUUUUAAAAGACUGUUUCACCAGCUAUUUUGCUAAUAUUCCGGAUAAUGGCCGUCACAAAACCUAAUGAUGAGUGAGUGGUGUCCCGUGGCGAAGGUAUAUGACCCUCUCAAAGCGGGCAGUAUCGAUGGCACAGAUGUGGAACCCCACGACAAAGCUGUCUGGAGGGCGAUGCUUGCCCGCUACCGGACUAACAAGGGCGUGACAGGUGACCCUCAUCUGACUCUGUUCAUCGCACGCCUAAAUCCGCAAACAUCCGAGGAAAAGCUCCAGGAAGUCUUCUCAAAGUUUGGGGACAUCCGCAGAGUGCGACUGGUCCGAGACAUCGUCACGGGUUUCUCCAAACGCUACGCUUUCAUCGAGUACAAGGAGGAGCGUUCUGUGAACAGAGCAUGGAGAGAUGCCAGCAAGCUGGUUGUGGACCAGUAUGAGCUUUUUGUGGACUUUGAGCAAGAACGUACACUGCAGGGCUGGAUUCCACGGCGGCUAGGAGGGGGCCAAGGUGGCAAAAAGGAGUCCGGGCAGCUGAGGUUUGGAGGCAGGGAUAGACCCUUUCGGAAGCCCAUCAAUUUGACUUCCAUGAUGCCCCCAAGCAGGUCAGCGGAUCGUUGGGAAGAAACCAGCAUGAGAGAGGAGAGGCAAAGAGACAGAGAUGCCACCCAGGAAUUAGAUAGAGAACACGGACGGUGGCGAGAAAGGAAAAAUGACUGGGACAGAGGGAAUGAUUGGAAUGAUAGAGGUCACAACAAAAGGAAAAGGGACUCGAAAUGCCACAGGGAACGAAGCAGAGAGAGAGAUUCGAACAGAGACGAAAAAAGACAAAGAGACUCGUAUAGAGACGGAGAAUAAAACUAGAUGCAUUUAUAUCCAAAUACUUCCAAGAUUGUUGUUAAUCUAGUUUUUAUUUAUUUAUAUUUUUUUUCAGUAUCUUAGUUCUCACUUUUUGAAUAAAGCUUAAAGGAAUAGUUCACCUCAAAAAAA